UCAAUAUAAUUAGCUUUAACACUGAAAUUUUGAGAUUUACUAUCGGCUUCGAAAAAGCGCGACUUUGGCGACACCUUUUCUACCGAGACUUCGGCCAUAGCGUGUCCCAAUGGCAGAACAAAACGAAAGAGCUUUUCAGAAGCAACCCACCGUUUUCCUGAACCGCAAAGCCGGUCUCCCGAAGGGGAAUCCACUGCGGUUUCAGCGGUAUUAUAAAAAUGUCGGAUUAGGCUUCAAGACUCCGCGUGAGGCAAUUCACGGCACAUACAUCGACAAAAAGUGCCCAUUCACAGGCGAUGUGAGCAUCCGUGGCCGCAUCCUGCGUGGCGUCGUCAUCAAGAUGAAGAUGCAGCGGACGAUAGUGAUCCGCAGGGACUACCUCCACUUUGUGCGCAAGUACAAUCGUUUCGAGAAGCGCCACCGCAACAUGUCUGUGCACCUGUCGCCGGCCUUCAGGGACGUGGCCCUGGGAGACGUGGUCACUGUGGGAGAGUGCAGGCCCCUCAGCAAGACAGUACGCUUCAACGUGCUCAAGGUGACCAAGGCUGCAGGAUCCAAGAAGCAGUUCCAGAAGAUGUAGACCUCUCGCAUUAAAUUACGUCACACGUG